CUAUGUCAAAGAGACGAAUUGAUGUAAUGGAUCCUUUCAUCAAAAAGAAAAGAGAGGAACGUGGUAUAAGUACAGCUGUAACAACCGCUGUCUCUGUUAAUCCUUAUUCAGGAUUACCAUUUACACAAAAGUAUCAUGAGCUGUUUAGAAAAAGAAUCGGUCUACCAGUGUUUGAAUACAGAGCAGAUUUUAUGAGACUUCUAAGUGACCACCAGUGCAUAGUUCUCGUAGGCGAAACAGGUUCUGGUAAAACAACUCAGAUACCACAAUGGUGUGUAGAAUAUUCAAGAACAGUAGGCCAAAAAGGUGUUUGCUGUACGCAACCUAGGAGAGUAGCUGCUAUGUCAGUUGCUCAGCGAGUUUCAGAAGAAAUGGAUGUAGCUCUGGGACAAGAAGUUGGUUAUAGUAUUCGUUUUGAGGAUUGCUCUUCAGCUAAAACUAUAUUGAAGUACAUGACAGAUGGUAUGUUGUUACGAGAAGGUAUGAGUGAUCCAAUGUUAGAUGCCUACCAAUGUAUAUUACUUGAUGAAGCUCAUGAACGUACCCUAGCCACAGAUAUUUUAAUGGGUGUGUUAAAAGAAGUGAUUAAGCAACGUAAAGAUCUAAAAUUGGUUAUUAUGAGUGCUACAUUAGAUGCUGGAAAGUUUCAACAUUAUUUUGACAAUGCUCCUUUGAUGAAUGUCCCUGGACGUACACAUCCUGUAGAAAUCUUUUACACACCAGAACCUGAAAGAGAUUAUCUAGAGGCUGCCAUUAGAACAGUGAUUCAAAUUCAUAUGUGUGAGGAAAUAGCAGGUGAUAUUCUGCUCUUUUUGACUGGACAGGAAGAAAUUGAAGUGGCUUGCAAGAGAAUAAAACGAGAAAUAGAUAAUUUAGGCCCAGAAGUGGGAGAACUGAAGUGCAUACCCUUGUAUUCAACACUACCUCCAAACUUACAGCAAAGAAUCUUCGAAGAUCCUCCACCAAACAAAGCAAAUGGAGCAAUCGGCAGGAAAGUUGUGGUCUCUACAAAUAUUGCAGAAACUUCUCUCACUAUUGAUGGUGUUGUGUUUGUAAUUGAUCCAGGUUUUGCCAAACAAAAGGUGUAUAAUCCUAGGAUAAGGGUCGAAUCUCUACUAGUAUCACCUAUUAGUAAGGCUUCAGCACAACAAAGAGCAGGUCGUGCUGGUAGAACAAAACCGGGAAAGUGUUUUAGGUUGUAUACCGAAAAGGCUUUCAAGAAUGAGAUGCAAGAUAAUACAUAUCCGGAAAUAUUGAGGUCUAACUUGGGCUCUGUGGUGCUCCAAUUAAAGAAGCUUGGCAUAGACGAUUUAGUCCAUUUUGAUUUCAUGGAUCCACCAGCUCCAGAAACACUGAUGCGUGCCUUGGAGCUGCUCAACUAUUUGGCAGCCUUAGAUGAUGAUGGCAACCUUACGGAUCUUGGUGCAGUCAUGGCAGAAUUCCCACUGGAUCCCCAAUUGGCUAAGAUGCUGAUAGCUAGUUGCAAUCACAACUGUUCAAAUGAGUUGUUGUCCAUAACAGCGAUGUUGUCAGUCCCACAGUGUUUCGUACGACCCAACGAAGCGAAAAAGGCCGCCGACGACGCCAAGAUGAGGUUCGCCCACAUCGACGGAGACCACCUCACGCUGCUCAACGUCUACCAUGCUUUUAAACAAAGUAUGGACGACCCUCAAUGGUGUUACGACAACUUCGUCAACUACCGUUCCCUCAAAUCUGCCGAUAACGUGCGACAACAGCUAUCCAGGAUAAUGGAUAGGUUCAAUCUAAAAAGGACGUCCACCGAAUUUACGAGUAAAGAUUACUAUAUAAAUAUUAGGAAAGCACUCGUUAACGGCUUUUUCAUGCAGGUCGCUCAUCUUGAAAGAACCGGACAUUAUCUUACAAUUAAGGACAACCAAAUAGUACAACUACAUCCAUCCACUUGUCUAGACCACAAACCUGAAUGGGUAAUUUAUAAUGAGUUUGUGUUAACUACAAAAAAUUAUAUUAGAACUGUUACUGAUAUAAAACCUGAUUGGCUAUUGAAAAUAGCCCCACAGUAUUACGAUCUGAACAACUUCCCGCAAUGCGAAGCAAAACGACAGUUAGAAAUUAUCCAAAAUAGAUUAGAGUCAAAGCAAUUUCAACAAGGCUUUUAAGGCUACAAAAUAUAAUAGGAGUAUUUGUAUCGUAACCUUGUUCGAGUUUAUCGCAUCAUAUUAUGAUUAUUUAAUUAUAAAGUGACACAGAAUGUAUUAUUAAUAAUUUCAUUCCAUAAUAAAUAGAGGUAACUCUUAAUGGAGUUACUAAAC